CGUGCACAAUCACUACUCUUCCCCCUGCUUCCAUACACUUCCAGUUCCAGCCCCGCCUUCAGGUGAGCGUCUGAGCCCCGACCCGCGCAGCCGCACCGCACCCCUACUCUGACGCCGCCCAUGUCCGCCGCACCGGCGGCCGCGGCCGCGGCCCCGCCCCGCCGCGUGGUCAUCUGCGGCGGCGGCGUGGUGGGCGCGUGCACGGCCUACUUCCUCUCCACCCACGCCGGGUCCCCCACCGUCCCGACGCUCAUCGAAAAGUGCGCCCCGGCGUGCGCCGCCUCGGGGAAAGCCGGCGGGUUCCUGGCGCUCGACUGGUGCGACUCCACCCAGGCGCUGUCCAGCCUCGCGCGGGCCUCCUUCGCGCUCCACCGCCGCCUCGCCGACGCCCUCGGCGGCGCCGACGCCUACGGCUUCCGCCCCGUCCACACCCUCUCCGUCCUGCUGCCCACGCACCCCGGGCCCGCCCCCGCUAGUUCGCCGCACCCGCGGCUCCCGCCCUGGGUCGACCCCUCCGCGUCCGCGGCCCCGCCGAGGGAGCUCGGGACCCCGGACACCACCGCGCAGGUCCACCCGGGCCUCUUCACCAAGGCCGUCCUCGCCGCGUCGGGCGCCGAGGUCGUCAUCGGCGAGGUGGAGCGCGUCGUGGCCCGGGACGGCCGCGUCGCCGGCGUCGUGGUCAAGGGGCGCGACGCCGUGGUGGACGCCGACGCCGUCGUGCUCGCGCUCGGCCCCUGGUCCGGCCGCCUCGAGGUCGUCCGCGAGGUGUUCGACGUGUCCGGGCUCAAGGCGCACAGCAUCGUGCUCCGGCCGCGCGAGCCCGACAAGAUCACGCCGCACUGCGUCUUCCUCAGCUACCAGCCGGAGCCCGGCGCCAAGAUGCUCAACCCUGAGGUGUACCCGCGGCCCACCGGGGAGGUGUACAUUUGUGGAAUGAGCAAGGACGAGAACCCGCCAGAUGACCCAGCAACAAUAACAGGCGAACCAGACUCGAUUGCAAUGCUGCAUAAGAUUGCAGGGAAGGUGUCCAGCCAGCUGAAGAAGGAAGAAGGCGCUGAGGUGGUCGUGGAGCAGGCGUGCUACCUGCCGUGCACCACCGACGGGCUGCCGGUCAUCGGGGAGAUGCCAGGCGUGAAGGGGUGCUAUGUGGCCACCGGGCACAGCUGCUGGGGCAUCCUCAAUGGUCCGGCCACCGGCGCGGCCCUCGCGGAGCUCAUCCUCGACGGUAAGGCCAAGAUCGUUGACCUUGAGCCUUUCAGCCCGGCAAGGUUUCUCAAGAGAAGGAGCAGGCGUGGAGCCUGACCGUGUGAUGUGCUUCGUGAGUUCGUGUGAAUGUUCAGAUUCAAGUUUGUUACUGAAUCAAACACUCUGACUCUCCCUUUGCCUAUUCCUCAGUGAUGAGAGUUGCAAAACAUGAAUGAGUUAAUAAAUCAUGGAUAUAUAGUCUUGAUUUUGCGUAUCUGUUGUACACACAUCA